CCCAAACCCAAACCCUGAGGCUGAGCCAAGAGAGACGGACAGACAACCUCCCCUGCUUUGCUCUGCUCUGCUCCUACAAAGACCCCAGAGAGCCGACGACCACGACCUCCCCCUCCCCCCUCCACCCAAUAGCGAGAGCUUACCUUCUCCCCCCAUCUCUCCCCCGAUGCCCAAUCGCCGGCGGAAGCGCGAGCCCGACGACGGAGGGGGCGCCGGCGGGGAUGAGAGCAAGAGGGAUCUUGAUUUGCGCAUCACCAACAUCCUGGCCGAGUACCGCGCGCCCCGCCCCGCCCGCCGCGCGUUCCCCCUCCUCGAGCUCAACGGCCGGCUUCUUGCGGAGGAGGACGAGGAGGGGGAGGCCGAGGUCGUCUCCCCGCUCACCGCCCCGGCCCCGGCCCCGGCCCUGCCGGUCGUGGUCGUCGACGGGCGGCCGUCCAAGCGCCGGGUCGUCGCUGGCGGAGGAGGAGGAGGAGGGGACGAGGCCUCGCCGUACCAGCGCCGGCUGUGGGUCAAGGACCGGUCCAGCGAGUGGUGGGAGCUGCGGAGCAGCCCGGGGUACCCGGAGGCGGAGUUCUUGCGGGAGUUCCGGAUGGGCCGCGCCACGUUCGGCAUGGUCUGCGACGCGCUCGGCGCCGCCGUCGCCAAGGAGGACACGGCGCUCCGCGCCGCCAUCCCGGUGCGGCAGCGCGUGGCCGUCUGCGUCUGGCGGCUCGCCACGGGCGAGCCGCUCCGGCUCGUCUCCAAGCGGUUCGGCAUCGGCAUCUCCACCUGCCACAAGCUGGUCCUGGAGGUGUGCGCCGCCAUCCGCUCCAUCCUCAUGCCGCGCUUCCUCCGGUGGCCCGACCGCGGCUCCGCCGCCGCCGCCGCCGUCAAGGCCAGCUUCGAGGCCAGCUCCGGGGUGCCGGACGUGGUGGGCGCCAUGUACACCACCCACAUCCCCAUCAUCGCGCCCAAGGUGCACGUCGCCUCCUACUUCAACCGCCGGCACACGGAGCGCAACCAGAAGACGUCCUACUCCAUCACGCUGCAGGGGGUGGUCGGCCCCGACGGCUCCUUCACCGACGUCUGCAUCGGCUGGCCGGGGUCCCUGGCCGACGACCAGGUGCUCGACAAGUCGGCGCUGCAGCAGCGCGCCGCGGCCGGGAUGAUGGAGGGGUCCUGGGUGGUCGGCGGCGCCAGCUACCCGCUCACCGACUGGUGCCUCGUCCCCUACACCCACCAGAACCUCACCUGGACGCAGCACGCCUUCAACGAGAAGGUGGCCGACCUCCGGGGGGUGGCCGUGGACGCCUUCUCGCGCCUCAAGAGCCGGUGGGCGUGCCUGCAGAAGCGCACCGAGGUGAAGCUCCAGGACCUGCCCGUGGUGCUCGGCGCCUGCUGCGUGCUGCACAACAUCUGCGAGGCCAGAGGGGAGGCCAUGCCGCCGGAGCUCCGGGUGGAGGUGGAGGACGACCUCACCGUGCUGGACAACCCCGUGCGCUCCGACGCCGCCGCCAAGGCCAGGGACAAGAUCGCGCACAACCUCCUCCACCGCGGCCUCGCCGGCACAGCCUUCUUCUAAUUAGAUGCUCCUCUCUUCCAUCGGUGGCCUUGGUUUGCCCAUCGUUCCUUAAACGAUCUUGAGCUUAAAAUUCGAUCCAAGCUCUGUCAAAGAAUCAAAUUUCCAGUUGCUCAGUAGUAGGAGGGCCCUAGUUAACUCGUAUCCGAGGAAAAGAAGAAAGAAACUUUUACAGCGUCUCAAAGAAACAUACUAGCAGAGGAAAGAAGAUUCAAUUGUUUGGUUCAUUCUUCAGUUCAUCUACUGUAUUUGUUUGUAUAUAAAUUUUUGGACUUGGUUUUGGGGCAGACAAUCAAACAAAUGUCUCUGCUUUGCUAUGCAAAAA